AUUCCUUAAAGGGAUGGACUCUCUUAACUUGUCUAGCAGAACCCCUUUAUAUUAUUGCCUAACAAACCAAGUCUUUAGUUGUUGUUGUUGUUCUUGUUUUUGUUGCUGUUGUACUUGGUGUGUUCCUUUUCCCUUUGCCAGGUGACAAAACAGAAGCACAAAAGAUGGUGGGUCACGACGAACUACUUGGAGGCGAAGAGCUUUCUCUUGCUCACCCUGACCCUGUUGUGUUAGAGCUCACCCGGUUGCAGAACCAACUCAAAGAAAAGGACCGGGAGUUGGGAGCUGCUCAGGCUGAAAUCAAGGCUCUGAGAGCAACUGAAACACUGAAGGAUAAGGCCAUAGAAGAGCUCCAGGGUGAAGUUCAUAAGUUGGAUGAGAAACAUAGGGUCACUGAGAAUCUCCUUCAACAUAAGAAUCUAGAAAUCAAGAAGCUGACAAAUGAGAAGAAAGAAGCACUGGCUGCACAGUUUGCUGCGGAAGCAACUCUUAGAAGAGUGCAUGCAAAUCAAAAGGAUGAUGAUGAUGUUCCUAUUGAGUCUGUGAUUGCUCCUUUUGAGGCAGAGAUUAAAAUGUAUAAAAACGAGGUUGCAUUACUCCAGGAGGAUAAGAGGGCUUUGGAACGUCUUACCAAGUCAAAAGAGUCAGCUUUGCUUGAAGCAGAGAGGAUUCUGCGAAGUGCUUUGGAAAGGGCUUUAAUAGUUGAGGAGGUUCAAAACCAGAACUUUGAGUUAAGGAGACAGAUUGAGAUUUGCCAGGAGGAGAACAAAAUCCUUGAGAAAACCAAUCGCCAAAAGGUCUUGGAAGUUGAAAAGCUUAGCCAAACCAUUCAGGAACUUGAAGAGGCCAUUUUGGCUGGUGGGGCUGCUGCCAAUUCUAUCCGUGACUAUCAGCGACGAAUUUCUGAACUUCACGAGGAAAAGAGGACACUCGACAGGGAGCUCGCAAGAGUUAAAGUUUCAGCAAACCGUGUAGCAACUGUGGUGGCUAAUGAGUGGAAGGAUGAGAAUGACAAAGUAAUGCCUGUCAAGCAAUGGCUGGAGGACAGAAGGUUGCUGCAGGCAGAGAUGCAAAGAUUGAAGGAUAAACUAGCUGUGUCAGAGAGAACAGCAAAGGCAGAAGCACAGCUUAAGGAAAAAUUCAAGCUAAGGCUCAAGAUCUUGGAAGAUGGCUUAAAACAUGUAUCAAGUUUCUCAGGUAAUCCUAAUGCAUCUUGCGGGUCCCCAAAACCAGAAAAGUCCAGCAACAUCCUAGGGUUUUUAACAAGCAGCGGUGGACUAAGGAAGAGGUCUACCUCGCAGCCAAGGGGUUCCACCAUCAGUAGAACUUCUAUACUGCAGCGGCCUAGUGUUGAAACUGAAACAGCCAAUGCUAAUAAUGGAUUAAGACAAGUUAGCAACUUGAAAAAGAAGGGUGCAUCAGGAGAAAAUAUGCUGAGAAAGAAUUUGUGGACGUCUAGGUGUAAGGUUGCUGAUAGUAGCGAGAAGGAAAAUACAGCAAUGAAGGUAAACACAGACAUUAAUAUAAGUAAAGAUGGCGACACGACAGGUUCGGCUGGAAUAAAAAACAAAGAAUGUUGCAAUGAAGAGACAGAAAACAGAGGAAAUGCCGAUUGCAAUGUUGAAGAUACGGUUUCAGGAUUUUUGUAUGAUAGGCUUCAGAAAGAGGUCAUCAAUUUAAGGAAGUGCUGUGAGGCUAAAGACAGCAGUUUGAAUUCUAAAGAUGAAGAAAUAAAGAUGCUUAUGAAGAAGGUUGAAGCAUUCUCCAAAGCCAUGGAAGUGGAGUCUAAACGGUUGAAGAGAGAAGCAGUAGCUAAAGAAAAGGAAAAUGGAUCAGCCAAAAUGGAUGAUUCCAAAAAGCUAAGAAACAUCAACUCCUCUAGAAGGCUAAGCAAAACAUCUUGAAGAUUCCCAUGGAUGGUAGAAGUGUGUUGAAGAAAAAUUUAAAUUCAUUUUUUUCGUCUUCCACGUCUUCUGAUUUCAAUGUAAAUACUUAAUGUUUUGUGCUGAUGGUAGCUAGUUAAAAUAAAGUUUCUGAUUGAUGAAAUUGGGUUUGUAAAAGAAAAGGGUUGGGCUGUUGGUUGGGGAUCUGAACUUGUAACAUCCUAGGAUGAUGUCCAAUUGCGUUUCCUGGUGCUUGAGGUUUGCAUAAAUGAUAAUCCAAUAUUAUUCCCUUGGUUUC